GACACGACCUCCGUCUUCUCCGAUCCCUUCGACCUAGACGAGCGCGACCGCGAAGAACGUCUCGCCGCAUACGACACCCAGCGCCUUCGCGAGCUCGUGUCCAACUUCGCCAGGGGCUUCGAUGCCGCUACGUUCCCGGAAUAUGUGAAGGCGUGGACUCCUCGUCUUGGACAUGAUUUGUUUCCUGGCUCGUAUGCGCAUCUCAUGGUUAUUCUGCUCGAAGAUUGGGAUCAAAUGGAGUACUUUCAGCUUUCCAUGUUCAAGUGGUUGUGCGAGAGACACCCGGUUCCUAGGUACUAUCGCAUUGGUCGUGCUCGUGGUACCGAUGAUAGGCUGUUCGUGUCUGAGCUUGGGGUUCUGAAAAAGUUGCUGUCACCGUUGUGGGCAGAUGACCCCAGAGCGAUUUACUGGAUUGGCAGUCGACUCACCAACCCGGACGACUCGUGCGACCAGGUAAAGACCUCAAUGUGUAUUAUCAAACACUUCAAGGAGGAGAUUUCGGCUGAGAUUCAGGGGGCCAAUGAUGACAGAACCAUAUUCUCCCCCAAUAUCGACCCAGAAGACCACAAAGCCGAAGUCAACAUCCGCGAAUUCCGCAUCGACGCCUGCAAAGCCUCUCUCGGCUGGGGUGAAUUCCUCAAAACAAACCUCCACUUCACCUCCUUCCACCAAUACUACAAAGCGCACUUAAUCCGGACCUCCCCGCACAGAGCGCGAGCCCUCGGCUUCCUCCCUCCGCUCCACGAAAACCUCCCCGACUACCUCCCCGACUACCUCCCCGACUACCUCCCCGACCACCUCCCCGACUACCUCCCCGACUACCUCCCCGACUACCUCCCCCUGCGAGGCAGCGUGCUAGACCUCAUUCUGAAGAUAGCAGUCUGGCUAGGCCUCGCUCGCGGCGCAGCAGCCGUGCACCUAUUCUGCGACAUCGUCCGCGCCUUCACCCUCAAGAAACCAACCGAUCUCACCGACUGGGACCGCAUCGCCCUCCUAUACCAUUUCACCGCAAUCAGAAUCCCCAAUGAACGCAUCCACUCCGGCCUCACCACGCCCUUUUCUCACGCGGACAAGGCCCCCAUGAGCAGGAACACAGACUAUCUCUCCGCCAUC